CAUUGAUCGGUUGUGCAGAACUGUCAGCAGAAACAGUUUAUGUGCACGGGGUGUCCAUGAUCAAUGUGCAGUUCAAAGAAUGGCCUCCUUUGGCUGGAAACGUAAGGUGGGGGAAAAAGUUUCCAAGACGACAGUGCAGCAGUUUGAGAAGGACUCGGAGCAGGCGGAUAAUGAGGAUGUGGAGAAGGAGGGAGUUGAUUGGCUGCACGUCAUCAAACGGCGGCGUGAGGUGCUGCUGGAGGAUUGUGCUGCUAAGAGCAAGAGGCUAAAGGAUGAAGGGAUGCUGCUCGCUGAGCAGGGCAGGAACUGGGAGGCAUUGAAGAGGUGGGAUGAGGCGAUUCAGCUCACACCAGACGAUGCUGUGCUGUAUGAGAUGAAGUCGCAGGUGUUGAUCACCCUUCAAGAAGUGUUCCUGGCUGUGCAGUCUGCAGAGAUGGCCACCAGACUCCGCCCCCUCUGGUGGGAGGCGUGGCAAACUCUGGGCCGCGCCCAACUAAGUCUUGGCGAAGUAGAACUAAUUCGAUAA